AUGGCUGAACAAAGACAGGAUACUCUAAACAAAAGAAAAGUGUUUACUAGAAGCGAUGCUGUUGUUGGGGAUGAUGAGAAUAAGGAGGUGUCUAUAAAGCAGGCUGAGUCUCCAAAGAAGCAGUUAACGAGAGAUCUUUCAUAUGCCGAUUCUAUGGGUAUUGAUGUUUUACGUUUUGUGGAGAACACACUUCAUAAGAAUGCUAAAGAUCGGGAAUUUUUGCUUUUUAUUGAAGAGGAGACGAGGAAAUUUGUUGAGGAUGAAAGCAAAUCCUAUCAUUGGUUUCCUCCAACAUCUUCCUACAAUCGAAUGUUGAUUCAUCGUGUUGCGGCUUUCUUUGGGCUUAUUCACAAUGUGGAUCAAAGUGGACAACAAGUGGUGAUUACUAAACAGAAGGGGCAUACACGAAUGUUUGUUUUACUUUUUUUAGGGGAUUUUUUAAAGGAAAUCCGAAAAAAUCCAAAAAUGGACAUUUGGUCCCAAAAAAUAUUUUUCUUUCUCAAAUUGGUUUUUUAA